GCAUUUGCAAGAUUUUACUUUCGGUUUAAAAGCAAGAUAACCCAGCGACCUACAGACCAUGGAUCCAGAUGAAAGUUCCACAGAGAUUGAUGAAGGCCUCUACUCCAGGCAAUUAUAUGUGCUGGGCCAUGAUGCCAUGAAACAGAUGAAGACUUCGAGUGUGUUGGUCUCUGGGAUGCGAGGACUUGGUGUGGAGAUAGCCAAGAACAUUAUUCUUGGGGGAGUGAAACAGGUGACAGUUCACGAUGAAGGGAAAGCAGAAUGGAAUGAUCUGUCUUCUCAGUUUUACUUGACGGUAGAUGAUAUCAGGAAGAACAGGGCAAAGGCAUCUGAGCAGAGGCUGGCAGAACUGAACAGUUAUGUUCCUGUAUCCUCAUACACUGGGAAACUAACUGAGGACUUCUUGCGGCAAUUCCAGGUGGUUGUGCUGACCGAUUCAACACUGGAGGAACAGCUGCGGAUUGGGGAAUUUUGUCAUAAUCAGAACAUCAAGUUUAUCGUGGCGGAUACCAAAGGCUUAUUUGGCCAACUAUUCUGUGACUUUGGGGAAGAAUUCACAGUCAUUGACAAGAAUGGUGAAGAACCCCAGACAGCAGUAAUAACCUGGAUCACCAAGGGCAAUCCUGGCCUGGUGACCUGUAUGGAUGAGGCAUGGCACGGAUUUCAGCCUGGGGAUUAUGUGACUUUCUCUCAGGUUCAGGGUAUGACUGAACUGAACAACUGCACACCCAUUGAAAUCCAGGUUAAUGAUCCUUAUUCCUUCUUUAUCGGUGACACGAGUGACUUUAGCGAUUAUGAGAAAGGCGGGAUUGCGAUGGAAGUGAAAAUGCCGCAGACAUUGAUGUUUAAAUCCUUUGGGGAGGCACUAAAGGAGCCAAAAUACCAGGUUUCUGACUUUGGGAAAGCAAACAGACAGGGAACGUUGCAUAUUGCCUUCCAGGCUCUCCAUCAGUUCGUGAAGGAUUAUAGCCAGCUCCCCAAACCCUGGGGAAAGACUGAUGCAGAUGUCUUAGUGACUAUUGCAAAUAAGCUCAGUGAGAAUGACCCGUCGAUCCUAAAUGAAAGUCCCUUGGAUGAGGAGCUAGUGAGAAAACUGGCCUAUGUUGCUAUGGGCAACCUGAGUCCUAUCACUGCAUUUAUUGGUGGUAUCGCUGCACAGGAAGUCAUGAAGGUAAAACCGAGAAUUGUUAUGAGAGGCUGCCGUUACGACGGGCAGAUUGCCAUCUUCGGAGCUGAAUUUCAAGAGAAGCUGAAGAUGCAGAAAUACUUCCUGGUAGGGGCCGGUGCCAUUGGAUGUGAGCUGAUGAAGAACUUUGCCAUGAUUGGCUUGGGAGCAGGAGAGGGCGGGAGCAUCACAGUGACUGACAUGGACACAAUUGAACGAUCAAAUCUCAACAGGCAGUUUCUCUUCAGACCUGGCGAUAUUACGAAAAUGAAGUCUGAGAUAGCUGCAGCGGCAGUGAGAAAGAUGAACCCUUCUCUGCAAAUCAUAGCUCAUCAGAACCGUGUUGGUCCAGAGACUGAGAACAUCUACACCCAGGAUUUCUUUGAGAAUCUGAAUGGAGUGGCGAAUGCAUUGGAUAAUGUGGAAACGCGACGUUACACGGAUAGCCUUUGUGUCUUAUACCAGAAACCACUGCUGGAGUCAGGUACUCUGGGUACGAAAGGAAAUUUCCAAGUUGUCAUUCCUCACCUUACGGAGUCCUAUUCGUCCAGUGGGGACCCUCCGGAAAAAUUCAUUCCCAUCUGUACACUCAAGAAUUUCCCCAAUGCUAUUGAGCACACAUUGCAGUGGGCCCGUGAUGAAUUUGAAGGAUUGUUCAAACAGCCAGCGGAAAACGUCCACAAGUAUUUAGAAUUUGAUCCUAAAAAUCAUGUCCACAUGGAUUACAUCAUGGCGGCAGCCAACUUGUACGCACAGAGUUAUUGCAUGCAGGGGUCUCAGGACAGAGCUGCAGUCCAGCAGAUACUGCUGUCAGUUGAUGUUCCUCCAUUCUCCCCCAAGUCUGGGGUCACCAUCCACACCAAUGAUGCAGAGAUGGAGGACGCUGCAAGUUUCGCGGAAAAUGAGCGUUUGCUGCAAUUGAAAAAUCUCCUCUCUUCUUGUAAGAAUUUUCCUGGAUGUAAGAUGCAACCUCUUGACUUUGAGAAGGACGACGAUACAAACUUCCACAUGGAUUUCAUUGUCGCUGCCUCAAAUUUGAGGGCUGAGAAUUACGACAUUCCAGCUGCCGAUCGCCACAAGAGCAAACUGAUUGCCGGAAGGAUUAUCCCAGCCAUUGCCACCACAACAGCUGCAAUCGUCGGUCUGGUGUGUUUGGAGCUGUACAAGGUUGUGCAGGGUGACAAGCCGAUAACGGCCUACAGGAAUGGCUUCUUCAACUUGGCCUUGCCUUUUUAUGCUUUCUCUGAGCCUGUCCCAGCUGGCAAACAGAAGUAUCGUGAUAAAGAAUGGACAUUGUGGGAUCACAUAGAUGUCCAAGGCAUUAAACCAAAUGGUGAAGAGAUGACAAUGGCAGAAUUCCUAGAUUACUUUAAGAAAGUACAUGAUCUGGAGGUUACCUUUGUCUGUCGUGUGCCCCAGAUUUUAUACGCUACGCACAUGCGUCAAGAAGUGAAGGAGAAGCACCUAUCUCAGAGAUUGUCAGAAAUUGUGACGACGCUCAGUAAGGAAAAUAUCGAGGAGCAUGUGAAGGCCCUGAAGUUGGAGAUAGACUUUAGAACUGAGGAAGAUGAUGUUAAUUUUCCUUUUAUUUUCUACCAGUUCCGGUAAACCAAAGGGUACUGGGACUUCCUUCCGUGUACCUCUCACCCAGCCACUUGUACUUGUUCUGGAUGUAGGUUUGCUCGCUGAGCUGGAAGGUUCAUUUCAAUGAACCUUCCAGCUCAGCGAGCAAACCUACAUCCAGAACCUCAACCUGAACUAUAAAUCUUCUCAAAACUCACUUGUACUUGUUUCCAUCACUAAUGGUCCAAUAUUUUUGAAUACUAUUGUUUUGCUUAGCUUUCCCAAAAUGUAGCUAAUGAUCCGCUGAAGCACCACAUAUAUCAGUUUAAAUUUCCACAGUUACGUGUGGACAUUUUAAUUAUCAUUGAAUGGUGAUGAGAUCAAGCAGAAAAUCUAGGCUGCACUGUCAUUUCAUUCCAGAUUCUAGUUUUGAACCUAACCCGAACUCGUGGUGAAUAUGUCCCCCGUUUCUUUCUUUCAGUUCACUGUAAAGACCCUAAUUGACAUGAAUUGGGACAUCCGCAUUGCCAUUCUGUAGUUGUCUCAAUCACACAAAACUGGCUCAUAAUUCAAUAAUCAGUGGCACUAAAUUGUCAGUCUCAUUCAGACCAUUUUACAUUGCCACCCAUUGCUUAUAGUGUGGGAAACGGAGGUUCCAUGUAGUAAUGCAAGAUAUUCAUCCACAGUGGAUGACUGGCAGCAGACAAAUUUUAUCUGGAUCGGAGUCCUAUUGAAAAGCACUUCAGAGUGGAGGCCAGUUAUAAACGUGAGCAAUUCCUCAGACCUUUCACCAAAUGAGCCUGUAAAUUAAAAUACUUUUAAAAUGAAAGAUCAAUAAACAUAAUGCUAUUGACUAAAGAUUCCAACCAGCAGUUCAAACUUGGAAAUAAUAACCACAUUAAUUUUGGCAGCAUAAUUAACAACAAGUAAUGACAAAAGGUAAAGGUGAUUAGGUGGAGGAAAACAACACCAGAGAAAUCAUGUCCACUCUGGGUAGGUUGGGAUCUUGUGGUUGCUUUCAGAAAAAGAAUUUUGACACUUACCUAAUGGAUUUCAAAAUCACAAACCCAACAGAGAUCAGGCAGCCUCACUCUGAAUGAUGCACCAGUGGAAGGCCUCAUCAUACAUAAUGUAACCUGAAAUUGUUAAACCUCCCAAUGUUGUAACAAGUAUCAGAAAGUAAAUUAGCAAUAUAUUAAUUCCAGUUUAAUUUUCACAAUUUGUUGAAGCAAACAGCUUCAGUUACAAAUAAUAUUUUGCUCUGUUCUCUCCUGUAUUACUUUAAUCCUGCUUUUCGGUGUGCCUCACAUUGUUUUGUUUUGACUGCAAUAACUGGUUGAAGCUGCUCCCAAGCAUCAGUUAAUCCAGUCCUUGAGUCGAGGACUAAUUUGAGUUCCUCAGGCUCUGCCAAAUCUCCUUGGGUGACAAGAGACCAGCUAUGGGUGAAAAGCACUUUGAUUUUACUCUGCUAACUUUUCCUGUGGGUUUGUAUUAGGAGCCUCAGCAUCUGCUACAGGCGAUUAUAGUGAUGGAGAGCACACAGUGUAGCCACAAUAAACACAAUGCCGAGAAUAGCCCCUUUCAUUUAUGGUCACCUUGCUCUACACAAAUUCAUCACAUUUUCCAAAGAGGAGGAACACAUUGUGAGAGCUGUAUAAUUUUAGAAAUGAACAUUUGAAAUGUGAUAGGCUUUUGAAUAGGAUCUGCUUUUAGGUAGGUCACCUAAUGUACUUAACUCUUACAAUGCAGAAUUAAAACAGCAAUGCAAUGAUUAAUAUGAUUCCUCUGGAUUAAGUAUAUAGCUGGCUUCAACCCUUUUUGAAUUCAUCUCAUUUUGUUUCUUGAUGUAGAGACACUCCCAUUUGUAAAGUAAUUUUUAUAUUGAUAAAGAACGUAUAUUUUGCUGCUUGCUUAACAACAACAUUGAAACCACCCCACAUUCAAAGGAAAAAAAGCAUUUUAAUAUCCAUUUCC